AAGGCGAGGAGUUCCUGCUGGGCGCGUGGGGCCUGGGUUUUGGUGAUAGCUUUAUAUUCAUUUCUCUCUGCUUGUGGAGAAGGAAGCUUCUAUGGGGGUAUGUAUCCAGAAGUACAGUUACAGUGAUUCUCUCCUAAUGAGAAGUCACAUGGUUUCUGAUGAGGAAGUGUGGAAGGCAACUGAACUGUUAGUGCUUUCUUUUUUAAUUCAAGUGUCUAGAUUUGCUAAGAAUGUGGCUUAGCUUUGCUGGGUGUUCUAAAAAAGAUUUGCAAAGUCAAAUUCUGACAAUGAUGUAUUGUGCAACUCCAGUGCCACUGUUAAUGUGGAUGUAAUUGUAUUAAUAAUAUCGUGCACUGAGGAUGCUUUGGUCAUGACCAUAGACCUCACAGUUAAUAUGUAAACUCAAAGGUUGGUUUAAUAAAGCUGGUGGUCCUUUACAAAUAGAUUUCUUGUCUGUCUUUAGACCUUAUGGCAUCAAUAACACAGUGGAAAAGCAGAUAAAAUAUAGCAUUUAUGUAAUUCACAUUAAUUUCUCAGCUUUGUUUUAGAGCAACAAACCUGAACAGAUAUUAAUUUGUCUGUUGAGGACGGUCCAGUCAGAAGGAGUCAAAUUCAAGUUGGUAUUCUUCAGUGACCUGCAGGAACAUUAAACAUCUACCAGGUAACUGCUAGCCUGUCACUGCUGUGGGCUUAAUGCCCGUUAGUCAGAUAGGCAUUAAAGAGCUAUUUAACAUUCAAAGGAGAAAUUACAGCUGUUCAGACCUGGAAGCCUCAGAUGUGGGUGGUUCUGUGCAGGAAGGAUGGUGCAGAAUUUGCCCAUGUAAUUUGUGCAGCAAACUUUGCUUCAUGUCACAGAAUCACAGAAUGGCCUGGGUUGGAAGGGACCUCAAAGAUCAUGAAUCUCCAACCCCCCGCCACAGGCAGGGCCACCAACCUCCAUAUCUAAUACUAGACCAGGCUGCCCAGGGCCCCAUCCAACCCAGCCUUGAACACCUCCAGGGAUGGACGGGGCACCCAAAAAUGUCCUAAAAGCAUCCAUGUCCUAAAAGCAUUGUGACUGUAAUGUCUGGAGUAGCUAACUGCUGUUCUUUAAAGCCAAGUGAGGAAAAAAGCAGCCUUCCAGCACGAGAACUCAUCUGUCAAGCAGGAAGUCAUCAUAACAUCAUGUUUUCUUUUUCCCUCUGUUUGAUGAAAGGAGAUGCUUCAUUAUUAUAUCAUACGUGCCCAACCAGCUAGUUUUGUUUUUGUUGCCCUUUUUAUGUUUUAAUUAAAAAUAUUGAAAAAAAAAUGUUUUGUUACUUAUAUAUGUUAAUUAUAUAUUUUAUAUACACCCCAGUCAAGCCAUGUGUGGUUGGGACUGGGAUAACUGCAAAGUAAUAGUUAAUUCAAACCUAGACAUUGAAGAUUCCCAGCACACGAAACACUAAUCUUGUACCCACAACCCUCAUCUGCAAAGGUGAACUGCCAGCAAACUUUUUCCAAUCAUCAAAAAUUUAUUUGGGUUCUUGAUCAAGAAAGAACUUUGCUUUAUAAAAGCAGAUAACAACAGAAUCAGAGACUUAUUUAACAAUUCAUCGAUUGGCACAGCUGCUGCUUUAAGUUGGUUUGUCAUUCCUCUCCUUUGUGGAGAAAAGGUAUCCUCCCUCUUUUAUUCCUGCUUACAUUUCAACUCUUAUUCCUACAAAGAGUCAGAGGUUUUAAUUUAGAAGUGUUGGUGGGAAUUAGGGACAUCAUUCAGAGGUGAGUAGGAGCAGACCUCCACAUGCAGCUCAACCCUUGAGCCCUUUUCCACUGUUACUUUCUCCCCUUCUUUUAGGCAGUCAGAGAGCAGUGUUCAGCUGCCCAGCAGUACAGCACCACAUUGACUACCCAGCCACUAUCCUCAGAGAUCUCUGAAGCAUUGGGCAGCUCUUUCAGCUCUCAGGAGAGUACAGUUUGACAAGGUGCUGGAGCUCUGUGGCAUAGCCUGUAAUUGGGCAGCGCUGGUAACAACUGAACGGAAUGGAGGUUGGAAUGUAAAAAAAGAAGCAAAACAAUCAAUUUUAUUACCACUAAAUCCUGUGAAGCUAACCCCUGCUACCUGUAUCCACAUUUUCAUCACUUAUAUUCCUUCUGGAGCAUGUUUUGAGAGAAGGAAACUUAAUCUUGAAGAUUAAUAACACUCAGGAACGCAGCUGCUGACAUACCUGUGUGUUUGACUUGAGGCUGCUACAGCCAGUUUCUUCUCCAGGGCCUGGAUAUCCUCUGCAGUCAGUCUCACCAGGCGAACGCCAGCCAGCCGCAGCAAGGGGGAAUGAUGCUGAGCCUUCCCGAGGAUGUAGCACAAUUGCUGGAUCAGAAACCAGCCCUCCCAGGCCAUGUUUAUAAAGGGGUAGGCAGCUAGAAAGGCUCGGUAAAAACGCUUCCAGGAGGAUGAUGGAGGAUGGAUGGAGUACUCAUCCUCUUCCCUAAGGCUGGACACGAGCUUCUCUAGCUUUCCUUUUAGGUAAGGAACAAGAAUCAGCAGCAGGAGAGACUUCCAGUGCUGCUUCUUUGGCAGGCCAGCAGUGGCCAAAGGUUGCUGUUUGCAAUCUCCUGUCGGUAUCCUCUUUAAGCUAUAAAAGUUCUCAGAAAAGGAGGCGCUGCACCUGGCCAGGUAGUGCUGCUGGAGCAGAAAAUCCAGAAGGACAUAGAUCUCAUCAAACCUGCGCCAGAGGAGGCCGUACCGGCCAGGAUUAGACUCAGCGAGCACCUGCAUGGAAAGAGACACAACAGGCAUGGAUCUGGGAGUGCUGUGUCUUAAGGAACUGGAGCCAUGACGGACUCCAAAUACUUCACGACCAAUAAAAAAGGAGAGAUUUUUGAACUCAAGGCUGAACUCAAUAAUGAAAAGAAGGAGAAAAGGAAAGAAGCUGUAAAGAAGGUUAUUGCAGCCAUGACUGUGGGGAAGGAUGUCAGCUCACUCUUUCCUGAUGUUGUGAACUGCAUGCAGACUGACAAUCUGGAGUUGAAGAAGCUGGUGUACCUGUACCUGAUGAACUACGCCAAAAGUCAGCCAGACAUGGCUAUUAUGGCUGUCAACAGCUUUGUGAAGGACUGUGAAGACCCAAACCCUCUCAUCCGUGCUCUAGCCGUCCGUACCAUGGGAUGUAUCAGGGUGGACAAGAUCACAGAGUAUUUGUGUGAGCCUCUUCGCAAGUGUCUGAAGGAUGAAGACCCUUAUGUUCGAAAAACUGCAGCUGUCUGCGUGGCGAAGCUGCAUGACAUCAAUGCCCAGAUGGUGGAGGACCAAGGAUUUCUGGAUUCCCUGCGUGACCUGAUUGCAGACUCGAAUCCCAUGGUGGUAGCAAAUGCUGUUGCUGCUUUGUCAGAAAUCAGCGAGUCGCAUCCCAACAGCAACCUGCUGGACCUGAACCCUCAGAACAUCAACAAGCUGCUGACAGCUUUAAAUGAAUGCACAGAGUGGGGGCAGAUCUUCAUCCUGGACUGCCUGUCCAACUACAAUCCCAAGGAUGAUCGUGAAGCUCAAAGUAUUUGUGAGCGGGUGACCCCUCGGCUGUCCCAUGCCAACUCAGCAGUGGUGCUGUCAGCAGUGAAAGUUCUGAUGAAGUUCCUGGAGCUUCUCCCCAAGGACUCAGACUAUUACAACAUGCUGCUGAAGAAGCUUGCCCCUCCGCUGGUUACCCUGCUGUCUGGAGAGCCUGAAGUCCAGUAUGUCGCCCUGAGGAACAUCAACUUGAUUGUGCAGAAAAGGCCUGAAAUCCUGAAGCAGGAAAUCAAGGUGUUCUUUGUGAAGUACAACGACCCCAUCUACGUCAAACUGGAGAAACUGGACAUCAUGAUCCGCCUGGCUUCUCAAGCAAACAUUGCCCAGGUCCUGGCAGAGCUGAAGGAAUAUGCUACUGAGGUAGAUGUUGACUUUGUUCGUAAGGCUGUUCGAGCUAUUGGACGCUGUGCCAUCAAGGUUGAGCAAUCCGCGGAGCGCUGUGUGAGCACACUGCUAGACCUCAUUCAGACCAAGGUCAACUACGUCGUCCAGGAGGCCAUUGUGGUCAUCAGGGACAUCUUCCGCAAGUACCCCAACAAGUAUGAAAGCAUCAUUGCCACCCUGUGUGAGAACCUAGAUUCCCUGGAUGAACCAGAUGCCAGAGCUGCCAUGAUCUGGAUAGUGGGUGAAUAUGCAGAACGAAUUGACAAUGCAGAUGAACUGUUGGAGAGUUUUCUGGAGGGCUUUCAUGACGAAAGUACCCAGGUGCAGCUCACCCUUCUGACUGCUAUAGUGAAGCUGUUCUUGAAAAAGCCUUCUGAGACACAGGAGCUGGUUCAGCAGGUCCUCAGCCUAGCCACGCAGGAUUCUGACAACCCAGACCUGCGGGACCGUGGCUACAUCUACUGGCGCCUUCUUUCCACGGACCCAGUGACUGCCAAAGAAGUGGUCUUAUCAGAAAAGCCACUGAUCUCCGAGGAGACUGAUCUGAUUGAACCCACUCUGCUGGAUGAGCUGAUCUGCCAUAUUGGGUCUCUGGCUUCUGUGUACCACAAACCACCCAAUGCUUUCGUGGAAGGGAGCCACGGUAUCCACCGCAAGCACUUGCCAAUUCACCAUGGAAGCACUGAUGCAGGAGACAGCCCCGUGGGGACAACAGCCACAACAAACCUGGAGCAGCCACAGGUCAUCCCAUCGCAGGGCGACCUGCUGGGUGACCUGCUCAACUUGGACCUGGGACCCCCUGUCAACGUUCCCCAGGUGUCCUCCAUGCAGAUGGGUGCCGUGGACCUCCUGGGAGGGGGUUUGGACAGCUUGCUUGGCAGUGACCUUGGCGGGGGCAUUGGAGGAAGUCCGGCAGUGGGGCAGACCUACAUUCCCUCUUCUGUGCCAGCCACCUUUGCCCCUUCACCCACCCCAGCCGUGGUGAGCAGUGGACUCAACGAUCUCUUUGAGCUCUCAUCUGGUAUAGGCAUGGCUCCAGGAGGAUAUGUGGCUCCCAAGUCUGUUUGGUUGCCUGCAGUGAAAGCUAAAGGGCUGGAGAUCUCAGGCACAUUCAGUCACAGACAGGGACACAUCUACAUGGAGAUGAACUUCACCAAUAAGGCUUUGCAGCACAUGACUGACUUUGCCAUUCAGUUCAACAAGAAUAGCUUUGGGGUCAUCCCAAGCACUCCGUUGGCCAUUCACACCCCUCUGAUGCCAAACCAAAGUAUUGAUGUCUCUCUGCCCCUCAACACCCUGGGACCAGUCAUGAAAAUGGAGCCUCUGAACAACCUCCAGGUAGCUGUGAAAAACAACAUUGAUGUCUUUUACUUCAGCUGCCUAAUUCCUCUCAACGUGCUUUUUGUGGAGGAUGGCAAAAUGGAGCGCCAGGUCUUCCUCGCAACUUGGAAAGACAUUCCCAAUGAAAAUGAGCUGCAGUUCCAGAUUAAAGACUGUCACCUGAAUGCCGACACCGUCUCCAGCAAACUGCAGAACAACAACGUCUACACCAUUGCCAAGAGGAAUGUGGAGGGUCAGGACAUGCUCUACCAGUCUCUGAAGCUCACCAAUGGCAUCUGGAUCCUGGCUGAGCUUCGCAUCCAGCCGGGCAAUCCCAAUUACACGCUCUCUCUGAAAUGCCGUGCUCCCGAGGUGUCCCAGUACAUCUACCAGGCCUACGAUGCCAUCCUGAAGAACUGACAGAGCUCUGCCUGUGCCUCACCCUGCAGGAGGACUGAGAAAGGGUCCCCAGGUCCUCCUCCACCGCUGGCGCGGGGAAAAGCACUCUUAAACUGGAAGCAGCUGUAUUCAUGUGUAGGAUUUCAGUCCAAGGCACUGACUAAACAAGGUAGCAAUUAGUAUCCACGUGCUAACGAUGAUAGGGAACAAACCCCUUUGAUAUUUUUAGCAUCCAUGGAGUUUGUAACCACUGCUUCAACCCCCCCCAAUCCCCAUCCCCCUUUGCCCCUCACUUGUCCGUUCUCGUGGGCUUCUCCAUUUUGUGCCAAUGCCAGUGUUUUCUAAAUGGCUUUAGGUGUAGUUCUGAUUUUGUAAAAUACCACUCACUGGAAAAGAAAAAAAAACACAUAAAAAACUAACCCCCAGCUUAUUAAAACAAGGCAAAAUGGUCGAAAGCAUUACACUGCACUUUAUUUUAUAUUUUUAUACAUUUUUGGGGUUUUUUUUCUUAACUGUAAUUGGCUUUAAAGGGAAAGUGAUUCCAUGGAAGUGGUGGGCGCCCUGCAGGAAUGGCUGUGGCCUGACCAAGGAACAGAGCCAUGUGCUGCACCCGUGGGGCAGAGGGGCCCUAAAUGCAGCGAGGGGUUUUUAUUGGGUUGUGCUGAUGGCCUCAGCUCUGCUCCCCACGGUGUUUCACCCCAUCCAUCGUCUCCCUGCCCUGCAAACUGCUGGUCUAAGGAGGGAUACUCCUCAUGCAUGGGGAGGGGCUGGAGACAGAUCAGUAAUGGGACAGUGAGGGACAAAAUGAGGAGGAGGAGUUCACUCUUAGAGCAAAAGCACGGGCUGUGUUCUCUGCAUCCUCACCAUCUGCAGCUCCUCCUCCUGCUCUCUUUGCCUUUCGCUCAGCCCUUGAGCUGUGCCCCUUCACCCGGUGCUGUGCUGUCCCCAGGGCUGCAGGCAUCUGCUGUCCAUGGGCCCUGGCAGGACCCUGAGGCUGUGCUGUGGGGCUGAGUGGUUCUCCCCAUUCCCAUUGUGGCGUAACUGGGACCAAUUUGGGCUUGGCAGUGUUUGCACAUGCUGAGCUGAGCACACCUGGAAAGCAUUUCUUCUGUUAGCAGCCCCAAGGCAUGUGGCACCGAGGGUUGCUCAGUCCAUGCCCCUGGCCCCUCUUUUCCUACCCCUCCUUUGGGUUGGGAGCCCUUCCCUUUCCCAUUCACAGCUGUGCGCUCACCGUGUUGCAACCACUGAGUGCUGCAACCCCAGCAGUGAAUGCAAAGCCUUGUGCAUGCCUUGCUCCAUCCAUCGCUCGUCCUGCUUCAUUCAGCCAUCCUCUAACCAGGGCGGCUCUGCCCUCCCCAGCAUGCUUUGAUGCCAUCUCCUCCCCAGCAAGCAAAGCUCUGACGCAUAGCAGCCCCAGUGUUGUCAUUUAGAUGCCACGUUCAAGGUCAGUAGAUGUUUUAUGGUGGAAGAUGGUUCAUCAGGGCUCGGGCAUUGCCUGCAGCCAAGAGGCCGAUGCUGGGAAGAGGUCAAAAAGCCCCACUUAUCUCCCCUCACCCCGAGCCUCAUUGCAGAGAGGAGGAGCACCUGGCAGGGCAAGGAAGGUUCUGUCCCUAUGCUCUGGUUGGGGAAAAAGUGGGUCAGAGCUGGAGUAACACAGUGCCUGUGUGUGCUGGGAGGUCGUUGCUCCAAACCCUGCAGGGCCACUGCAGGAAUCAUUAUUAGAGCAAUUAACGAAGCACCGGCGGCACUGAGUGCUGGGGCAGGGAGAAGACAGCAGAGGGUGAGGAAUGAGCUCAGCCUUAUGCCACACAGCUGGAGGAGCUUCGACAUGGGGAGGGGAUGCUCAGCACCCCUUCCUGUACCACAUUUCUUCCCAGCGUUUCGGGCACAUGUGGGUGUCCCCACAUUGCAGAGCCCUCCUCUCCCCCUGUGCCGCUUGGUUGCUUUGCUCACCGUGUAGCUGUGUUGCUCUUCAGGCUUUACCUGGUGUCCGUGUCAAUAAACUCAUUUCCACGA